AUGGCGAUGGCUUCGAAUGCGUAUCGCUACACGACUGUCGGCCUCGACGAUGCGAGCGACUCUUGCAAGAGCGAGGCCGGCAGCCAGGACACACCGGCACCACCUCCCUCCCAAUGGUACCGUCCAUCGAGGUCGAGGCUCUUGACGCUGGCCGUGGCCUCCGCGGUGAUUCUCAGCUGCCUUUCUUUCAUCGCAGCGUCGGCCCAGUUCAUCCGCUCCCAAAACAGUCAACUCCCGUCGCAGUCGUCCAAGGAGGCAGACCCCUACUUCAACUUCCGCUACUCGUCGGACCUCGCGUCGCAGGACGGCUACCGCGACCAGCACAGCCGCUGGAAGACGCCGGCGGGCGAGUGGACGUCGUGCGGCCACUCGCCUCACCAGGCCCGGGAGCGCGGCUGCGUGUUCGACAUCAUGUCGGCCGUCUGGAUCCCGCGGCCGUGCUACCACGAGGAGUUCGCCAAGGAGGCCGCCGCGAUGCACCACGCCGCCAACGCGACGCUCGACUACUCGCCCAGGCGCGCCGUGUCCAUGUCCAACUUCACGUGGCACUCGGACGAGUCGCUGUCUCCCGAGAGCUACAUCCCCCUGGAGGAGCUGGAGCAGUUCUUCAUCGACAAGUACGACAGGGGGGAGAGGCUGGUCGCGUAUUCGAUCGAGAACUUCCACGUUGCGCACUGCCUGUACAUGUUCCGCGCGGCGCUGCGGAGCAUGGAGAGGGUUGCUGCCGGGGAGAAGCAUGUGUAUGCGCACGAGGAGGCCAUGGGCCGUCCGCAUGCGAACCACUGUCAGAACGUCCUGAUGAACUAUGAGAAGUGGAAGCACGGGGUUGUCGCGUUGGAGUUUGGGAUGGGGUGGUGCAAGAGGGUCUCCUGA